AUGACACAAGAUGUAAAGAAUGGCGAAUAUGUAUUCUUGAUAUUCACUUGUGUAUAUCGUUUUGGUCGUGAUGAUUUAGAUGUGUUAGGUUUGACAUUUCAAAAAGAAUUAAUCAUCUAUACAAAAUGUUUAUGGCCUAAUCAUCCAUUUGAUGAUAAUCAAUACGCUAAAGGUGGUAAUAUGAAAUGGAAUAAAACAUGGAAAAAAAUUAAACGUUUAUCAAAACGAAAAACUGAAUCCAGUGAACAAAUUUCCUGUGUUGCCGUAAAUGAUGAUCCAUAUGGAAUAUUUAGUGAAACGCUGAAAGAUACUGAUCUGUCAGCAUUUCAAACAAAGUUAAUAAGUAAAUAUGGUGAUUUGGCAUUUCCGUUUCGGAUAACUAUACCUGCAUCAUCACCGUCAUCAGUUGCAAUCCAACCGAAUGAAGAUGAUUCUCGGAAACUAUAUGGUGUCAGUUAUGCACUGACUGCAUUUGCUGGUCAAAAACUUAAUUGUAGUCAACCGAUUAGUUCCACUGUAACAAUUAUUCUCAGAAAAUAUAUCGCUGGACCGAAAUUAAUCAGUCGUCCUUUAUAUCCUGUGGCUGAAUCCACUAGAAAAUCAAUCAAUUUCAUUUGUUGUUCUGGCGAACUAUUAAUUACAGCAUCUAUUGAAAAACCAUUAUAUUAUCAUGAUGAACCAGUGAAUGUAACACUUGUAUUGGAUAAUUCUUGUAAUUUGUCAGUUAGAAAAUUACAAAUAUCAAUUGUUCAAGUAACAGAAAUGUAUUUGUUAACAAAAGGAACAUAUCGCUCGACGAUAAAUGAACAAUUUUGCAAAGAAAAUCUUCCUCAAGCUGGAGAGCAACAAUGGAAGUAUAAGACAUCGUUAGAUACCAGUUUAACAGAUACUCUAUUAAAACAAGGUGUUGCACUAGAAGGUUAUAUAAAACAAGAGAAAAAUUGGUUAGCUUCAUCAACAAUAUUGAAACUUUCUACUGAUAUGAAUGAAUGUUUAGAAAUGAUGCAAAAUAUUCAUAAAAACGUUGAAGAAUCUACAGAAACGGCAAUCAAAGCUAAUAAAGAGCUACAUGGAGUUGUUAUUUCAUACUUUAUCCGUGUUAGGUGUUGGAUAGGAAUGAGCCGAUGUUCUGUCCACAUUCCGUUUUUAUUGAUGCAACCAGAAAAAGAAUCUCUCACUGUGAAUAGUAAUAAUAAUAAUAAUAAUAAUCAUCCUAUUUGCUUACCUACUCAUACUGUUCACGCUGAUGUAGUUGAAAAUCAGUCAAUUGAAGAUAAACCAGAAGAUAAACAAAAUAUUGAAGUGCCCCAUGAAGAUUAG